GUGUCAUUGAUACUUUAGCUAGAGAACAUGUGUCCAGUCUGUGGUAAAUCAACACUGAAGUUGUACUCGUGACUGCUGUCACGGAAUAGUCUGGUGUUGGGAGUCGUGCGAUGAAGGCGGACGGCAACGACGGAGCGUCAUGCCGUCCUGGCAGUGCUGCUGGACGCUGAGGUCGUCGUGCCGGUGCCCGGUUCUCUGGAGGCUGGAAUGGACACUAAGACUCCACCGAUAGCGUUCAAGCAUCAGGAGAAGAAGCCACAAGCUUUCAAAGCUGACAAAUCGGCGACAAAAACUGGAGACGUAUCAUUGCCACCUCUUACACCACUGCCAAACGGAAGUUCACACAACAGAACGAAGAUUUUGGGCACACAAUGGAAUAAAAGAGUACCUUGUGUUACUAAAAGUCAGGAACGUACAAAGAAACGCCCAUACAGAGUACUGCACAUUGGAGCAACUCCGUUGAUGCAUGCUUGUCAGCAGGGUGACAGAUCCCGCGUGCUGAGAUUACUGAAGGAUCAGGAAGAGACAAUAGGAUACCGUGAUCGUACCUUGAGAAACGCACUCCAUUACUGCAUGGACGCGGCAACAGGGGGUGCAGUUGCGUCUGCUGCACCGGAACUCGUUAACGCUGUCGACGCUGAAGGACAUACACCACUUCAUCUCGCGGUUAUUGCUGGUGACACGCAAUUAGUUGCAGUCCUAUUAGCUAAUGGAGCAGACGUCAACGCCAAAGACCUGGAAGGACACAGUGUCCUACACUGGGCGACGGUAUGCGGUGAAGCAGAAUGUGUACGGUUGGUACUGGCAGCAGGAGCAAGACCUACAACUCCUGAUUUGCGAGGCGGGUCACCUUUGCAUUACGCCGCACAAUGUUGUGGUGCAGCGGUCACAGCGGAGCUGUCUGUUCCCAAGAAGAUUGGACUGAAAGUACUGCAAACACUUCUUGAGUUUGGCGCAGACGUUAAUGCCAAAGAUGAAGACGGUCGUCAACCGAUUUUAUGGGCAGCUAGUGCAGGAAGCGUCGAAGCGGUAUUGGCUCUCGCGAGAACAGGAGGAUCGGCAGCUGCAGGUGCUACUGACAAAGAUGGUUUAACUGCGCUGCACUGCGCAGCUUCUAGGGGUCACGCGAAGUGUGUUGAAGCUUUGGUGAAUCUUUGUGGCGCGCAACCGGAUCAUGUGGAUGAUAACGGGUGCUCGGCACUUCAUUAUGCUGCUACUCUAGGUCAUGCUGAUGCUACGGCGCUGCUUCUUAGGCUUGGAGCUGACCCGAACCGGCAGGAUCGCAAGGGUAGAACGCCUGCUUUGUGUGCUGCUGCCAAAGGUCAGCUGGAGACACUGAAGAUUCUUGCACAACAUGGUGGCUCUCUACAUGCAAGAACUGUACGAGGAACUGGAGUAGCUCAUGAAGCUGUUUUGUCCGGGCGAAUAGAGCUCAUUGAAUGGCUGGCUAGAAAAAAACCAGCGACUCUGGAUGUUGCUACACAUGACGGACGGACUCCGUUGCAUGUAGCUGCGCUUCACGGUUAUUUAGAUGCUUGUAAAGUACUUCUAGAUCAUGGCGCGCGAAUAAAUUCUAUUUUUCGAACUAGCAAAAGUGGUUCUAUGACACCACUGGAUGCCGCUUUGUAUCGUGGCCAUCGAGAUUGCGCGAAACUCAUUCAAAUGCAUGGUGGUACAACUGCGCAAAAUUUACGAAGUCACAGGACAGCUCCUAAUAGAGUUUUUGCCGCCAAAUUAAAAGUCAAGCGACGGGGUUCAAGUUCAGGAAGCGAAAGUGAUUCUGGAAGACGUAAUCACCGAGUGCCAGAUGUUUAUAUAGAAGAGCGUUGGGUAGAAAGACGUACGCGAAGAAGAAGCACUCCCAGGAAACACGAAGAUCGCCGGGGGAGUAGAAGUUUUAGUGAAGAAGAAGUGCGAUUGUCAAAAUCUUCACGUCGUGAUCGACGGCGUAGAGCUCGCAGUGAGUCGGCGCGUUAUGAUGACAGUGAGCCGGAAAAAAGGGAACGUAAAAAAAGUUGUCAUAAGAAACACUCGAAACACGAGUAUGGAGAGUCGUCGAGUGAACUCGAUGAUUACAGCUCAGAUGAUAUUGGUGAGGGUGAAGCAGAAAAAAAUAAUAAACGCAAUGUAAGUAAUGAUGAGGAUCGUAGUCUAAGUGAUGACAGUCUAGAGGUUGUUGUGGUGCGUCGUUCGCUGGAAAAAAAGUCUGAGAAGGUUCAGUACUCAGGGAGGAACUCAAAAACUCCAAGGGAAAUGUCGCGAGAAACCAAGAUGACGGAGACGAAACGUAAAAGUUCAAGAAGAAAAGCAAAAACCGUUUCAUCGAGUGGCAAAGAAGAAAAUGGAGCUGGGAGCGAGAGAAAAAUGAAGAGUCGUGAAUCUGCAAGUGAAGGAUCUGCGGGAAAAAAAGAAGGAGUAAGAGAGGGAAAAAGUAAACCGGAAAGACGUCCCAGGAAGGACACUGACAGUACAAGUCAAGAGGCAGUCGAGAGGGUCACGGUGACUGCUUUGGUACACAAGGAUCAGGCAUCAGCAGACACUCCUAGAUCUACUCAUCUGAUACACGGUAGCGAAUCUAAACAUGAAGAUUUUAAGAUGAUGGAUGAUGAGUUGUCCAAAAAUAAAAUUGAUGAUAUUUUAGAGAAAGCUGACGAAAUGCAAAAUGCUUUGAUGGCUAAAGCAGCUGAUCUUAAGAAAGAUGUUGAUGAAAUACGUCGACAGAUGUCUGAUAAAAAAUCGGCUGGAGAUGACGGUGGUAAGGGAAAACAUAAGAAAGCGUCUGCGUCAAAAGGUAGGAAAGAAAAUAAAAAUGAGUCGGAGGUUACUGCGAAGAAUUCCCAAUCGGAACUUUCGACUUUACAGAGUCAGCACGAGGACAAAGACGGCGGCGAGUCAACUACGAUUAAAGAUAUGGAAAAUCAGAAGGUGGAGAGCACUCAGGAUGAACCCAAGAGUAAUGUAGAGAAAAUUGAAGUGACGAGUGAGAGUAAAGUUAGUGAUGCUGAUGAAGAAUCUGCAUCAGAGGAGAGUCGUAGCACUAGCAGAGAUGGCAGUUCUUCUGCUACAAGUAAAAGAUCAGAGGAACCAAAGUCUCAAGCUGGAGAGUCGGGUAAAGAAUCUUUAGUUCAGGUGGAAAAAUCAGAUGAGGAGAAAAAUGAGGUUGAAAGUACAAAGACUUUGCCAGUUGAAGAAAAACAAGCAGAUAAGAAACAGGAUGAUAAAAAAGAAGUUGUGGUAAAUGAUGAAAAAAAAAUUGAGGUAGAUGAGAAAAUAGAAGUUGAGGCGAAUGAUAAAGAAGAGAUUGAGGUAACUGAUAAAAAAGAAGGUGAGGUAGAUGAUAAAAAGGGAGAUAAAGUCGAUGAAAAAGUGGAACAUCAGUCCCCUGAAAAAUUAGAAUCAACGAUAGAAAAAUCAGAACAAGAGACGGCAGUUUUAGAAGUUCCACAGUCAGCGCAAAAGUCUGCUGAUAAACAAGAAGCAGAAGUAUCGACAUCUGAAAACAUACGUCACAUUGAUAGUUCAUCUAGUUCAGCCAAGUCGACAAGGAAAUUAUCUCAUUCACGGCCUUCUACUGGCAAGAGUAGAAGAACUAGUUCCAAGUCAUCAUCUAAAAAGAGUCUAUUUGAAAGCUCUGAAGAACGGUCGCCCGACAGAAGUGCUAUUGUUGCAGUCAUUGAGAGUCCAGAGUGGGACGAGGAAGACGAAGAAGUGGCCAAAGAAAUUCGUGACGUUGUAGGUGAUGCUGAACCAGAUACUGACCCAGAAGACGACGACAGUUUAGGAGUUCUCAGAGUGUUACCCAGCACAAGCGAAGAAGAAAGUCCGAGACGAUUGAAAAAACUUUUGAGGGAAUCGAAGCGAGAUAAAUUACCUCGAGUUGAAAGAAAAACUAUCGGCAGCCCGCGAGGUCUUCACGCACAAAGUAAGCAACGUCGAGACAGCGGCGGUAGAGACAGUGGUAUCGAGCCAAGUCCAAGAGUUUCAAAAAUACCAAAACGAACUCUUAAAUGCUAUCCAAAUACAGAGAAGCAACAAGCGCUCAAUAUUGACACUAUUACCCGCGAUGUACAAAUAAGUUUGCGGAGAUAUCAUUUGGAAAGAAAAAUAUUCUUUCAACUAAUGGAACUCAAGAGAUUACAAAUAAGACACGGCAGAGCCAAUGAACAAGUUUUGGUCAAACGACAAGUUGAAAUGUUUCAUAAAGCAGGAAUGUCUGGACCAGCUCUAGGAGUUGCUAAAUACGAUCAACCCUACACAUUUAAGGAUUUUGAAACUUUUCUUUACGAACAACUGCGUCGGCUACAGAGAAGACCGCCGUCGUCAGAUAGAUGUACUGAUCCAAAACAAUGCACAAAAAAGACACAUCGCUGUCAUCAUGCAACAAGCGCAUACACUUCAGUGCCAGUGUUUACUUAUCUGGGCGGAGGAAGCCAAGAACGAGACGAGGGGUCUCUAUUUCCAAGAAUAGAGAGUCGGGGAAAGGGUCAAAUGACGGUAGAAGUAACCAGAGGUGAAGAGAAGCAAAUUAUAGCCUUGCCAGCUGAAAAAUUAGAUCGCACAAAAAGAUACUUCGUCACGUUUACAGUGAGGGGUGAUAACGAUGAGAGUGAUAUUAAGACUCCGCGCAACGCACAAAGAGCCACUAAAAGCGUGUGAAAUUUAAAAAACUGCCA